CAAGAACAAGAACGGCGCAGAAUAGUAGCGCGGUUAGGUGGUCCUGCGUCGCCUGCAGCACGCGACUAGUUCUAAUUCAAGAGAAGAGCAGGACAAGAAACGCAAAAAGCAGGUGGACGCGAACGCCUUUUGUCCUCACCUCUGUCAAGGAUCCCAACCCAAAAAAUCAAACGCCAAUCUCCGCCCCGUCUGUGGGCCGUUUGAAUUGCACUCUACGAGUAUUUGCCACCAUGUCGGCGCUGCAGCCCACACACGAGCAGAGUUACCCAGCCCCGUCUGCCCCGUCCUUGCAAUCUCAGAAGCCACAGCGGGUGCUUGCGUGCGUGCUCUGCCAGCAGCGCAAGAUCAAGUGCAACCGCAAGUUUCCCUGCGCAAAUUGCAUCAGGUCAGGGACGUCCUGCGUCCCCGCGACGCUGACCGCCCGCCGGCGAAGGCGGAGGUUUCCCGAGAGAGAGCUGCUGGAUCGUGUCCGCAAGUAUGAGGACUUGCUCCUCCAGAACAAUGUCAAGUUUGAACCGCUCCGCACUGAUCCUGCGGCUAAGGAGAAUGCGUCUCCCAAGGCCGAGGACACCAACGAUUCGGACGAGGAGCAACCCGAAGCUGCUGGUGUGAAGGCAGAGCCGCCGUAUCCCUCGGACACCGCCAAGGACGAAAGAGCAUACCGGGUCAAGAACUUCUGGCACGCCAUGAGCAAAUGGUCUCGAGAUCCCGACGAUGACAGCGAUUCCUCGCAAGAUGAUGUGCUGGAGGCUACGGUCAAGCGCGCGUGGGAUCAAUUGUACACAGACAACGACCGCCUGCUGCUCAGCUCCCGCGAGACCACGGUCGACCUCUCGACUCUGCACCCCGAUCCAGUGCAAAUCUUUCGGCUAUGGCAGAUCUACCUGGACAACGUCGACCCGCUGCUCAAGGUCACAUACACGCCCGUCUUGCAGGGACGCAUCAUCGAAGCCGCCAGUAAUAUCUCCAGCAUUAGCCCCGCCCUAGAGGCGCUCAUGUUCAGCAUCUACUGCGCCGCCAUUCAAAGUCUCGCCGGGGACGACUGCCAUGCCAUCUUUGGCUCGUCAGAAGAAGAUCUCCUGACGGCGUAUCAGUUCGGCUGUGAGCAAGCACUGCUGAACUGUGGAUUUUUGCGGUCCAGCGAUUACGACUGCUUGACUGCAUUGUUCCUCUACCUAAUCUCGGCCGGCCACAGGACCGAUCCCCGAUCUCUGUCGUCCACGCUCGGCGUGGCGAUUCGCAUCGCGCAACGCAUGGGUCUCCACAGCGAGUCGGCCAAUGCCGAGUGCCCCCCUCUUGAGGCCGAGAUGCGCCGGAGGCUCUGGUGGUCGCUGGUCCUCUUCGACACUCGCAUCGGCGAGAUGGCCGACUACAAGGCCGGAAUGCUAGCUGCGGCAUGGGACUGCAGGACCCCUCUCAACGUGAAUGACUGCGACCUCCGGCAAGAGUUGAAGGAGCCGCCAGCGGUUCAGGGGAGAUCCACCGAGGCCCUCUUCGCCGUGGUGCGCAGUGAGCUGGGCGACUUCGUCCGCCACGCCGCGUUUUACCUUGACUUUACCAGUUUGACUUCGAAGUCCAUUGCCAGAGAUGGUCAGCGCGGCCACAUUCCAGAAGGGAGUGGGCUGGCUACGCUGGAGAGAAAGGUCGAGGACAAGUAUCUCCAGUUUUGUGACCCCGAGAACCCACUGCAGUUCAUGACCAUCUGGAUGACGCGUGGAUAUCUUGCCAAAUGCCGCCUCAUCGAACACUAUUGGAGAUAUUCUCCCUCAUCCGCGCAGCAGACCGAGGUGCAGCGCGACGCUGCUCUUUCCCAUGCGUUUGCCAUGCUGGAUUCUGAUACCAAGAUCAAGACCUCGCCCCUUACCAAGGGCUACCUGUGGCUGAUUCAGUUCUACUUUCCAUUUCCCGCAUACCUCCACAUCGUCCAGGAACUAAAACGACGACCUGUCGGCGAGCGAGCUGAACAGGCUUGGGAGGUCAUGAGUGCCAACUACGACGCUCGUUUCGCCCUUGUGUCCACAGAGGACAACCCCCUCAUCGCAAUGCUUGCCAGGAUUGUUUCCCAGGCUUGGGAGUCUCGCGAGGCAACGUUCGGGGAAUCAGGACAGCCGGUGUCGCCACCAAGGAUUGUGUCAGGCCUGCGACGCUAUAUGGCGAGAAUGGCGCCCAACGCGCAAAAGGCCGACACGGAGCAGCCCAACGCGGCCCUAGCCAUGGAUAUGGACCGCCGCCUUCCCGUGUCGAUGCCAACAGCCUUUGGUGGUCACGGUCUGCUCGGUGGCAUGGGAGGGCAAGACAGCUACGCGGGAACAGGGCCGGGCGUGUUCCCUUACCCCAACUUUCCCGGAGAGUCUCCGUUAGACGUUGACGUGGCUCAGCUCAACUGGGGCGUGAUGGAUUGGAAUCUGGGUGCCCGCCGCGGCUAAGAGAACGGGGUCUACCUAGAUACAUGUAUACUUGGAAAUAUCUCCCAUCCCUUUGUCUACCAAUUAUGGUUUACCAGUCUCUGGUUUCCGGCCAAAUACAACGGUCCUGUAAUUAAAUCACAACCUGUCAGUAUUCUCAGAGAGGGAGGGAGUUGGUUGACUCUAGAUGGGCACUCACGUCGCGAUCCACCCGCAAUUAC